AAUGGAGGAUUCAGGGUCACCUGGUCCAGCCCUAACUAUAUGCUUUGGCAAAAAGGAAAGUUUGAAGCCUAAUCUUACUGUCCUGAUAAGCACUGAAGUUCAUUUAGAUAAAGCUUCCAGAUCUCUGCGAAAAACAAGAGCCUGGAGGUUGGCCAUCUUCUGGAAGCCUGCCGAUGGGCAGCACACCUUCUUCUUGCCGACUCUGAGGUCCUGUUAACCUAACGUGGUUCUCUGAGGCGUUUGGAAACUUUCUUGGAGUUUCCUGAUCCCAGCAGAAAGUUACCUGAGAGGUUGCGGGACUGUCAGGUGACAGCAGGACAUCAGCCUGGAUCAAACGCAGGUAAGGAGGAGCUUUUUCGAGCAGACACCACACAAUGAGCAUUUAAAUUGAACCGAACAAGCACUUUUUGAAUUUUUCUCCAGUGAAUUAUCAGUAAACUUGUGGAUGCCAUAAAGUUCCUGCUCCUUGGUGCUUUGAGGCCAUUCAGUGGUUAGCGUUAGCUUCUGGUUUACCUCUGCACACCUGCAUGUGCAGAAUGCGUUCAUGGAGAUGCAUCUGAGGCUGUGACACAUGUCCAAAUGUUUCUGAAAAUUCAGACUCCACAAGUUUUUUCUUCCUCCUGUUUCCAGGCUUCAGCAGUUUGGCCGCCUCGCGGGGCCGCUGCUGUGACUGCACACUUUUAGUCAAAGGUUUUUUUUAGGAACCGGGAGCUGUGAAGGUGCAAAAAUGCAAAGUCAACUUUUCCACUUUGUUGUGAGCCAAACAACAUCAGCAUGUAGGAUUACAAAGCACACCUGUAUUCACAGGAAGGAAAGCACGAACUCGGAGCUGUGAGCUCCAAUAGCUGCUAACUCACCACUUUACAUGCACGGCCUGCAACCAUCUGUUGUACAGAGGAAGCAGGGGAGGACGUCUCCGGAGACUCGGGUCCAAAGCAAAUAGCUCACAUCAUCCCUGACCCAGAAACGGAUCUGGGAAGGAAGUGAUUUAGCACUCGGGCGCCGUGCCUGGAUGAGUGUCCCAAAGGUCAGGAAGAAAAAUCAAUCAACCUCCGAGGCUUCAUUAGACACCUCGUUUCGCCCCAAUUGCUUCAUCUGAGCAGGAAACGAGAACUUAAAUCAUUUCCACACGAGCUGAAGCUGAGAGUUUAAGUCGUCUCCUCGUCCAGAGGUCAUAAAACUUAUAAAACUGAUCUCCUAGAAGCAGAAAAGUGCCUGUGUCAGAUUUAUGAAGCAGUUUACUGUAAAACUCUGUCAUGGUGAAGUUUCACUGGCAGGAUAAAGCCUCAUCUCCACUCCCGUCUUUACCCGUGAAUCAGCACAGAUGCUGAACCCAAACUGCACACGUGGGAGCCUGAGAUGAUGUGAAAUGACCGACUUCAGGCAGGGUUCUCCCCUCUGGGUCUCAAGACCCCUCUGCUCUGAAUCAAGGGGCUCAUCGGGGGGCCGAGGCCCUGCUGUGACCCCUCAUCUGCAAACGCCUUUGCAAAAGUCUUUCAAGGGCUGAAAAUAAGGCCAGAUGUUCCCAGCUGCUGUCAGCAGGACACAGACUGCAGUCGCUGCCGUCUCAGAGGAGAAGCUGACAUUCCUGCAAAUAAAAACAAGGAGCUGCUUUUUGUCUGAACUGUAGCAUCACAUGAAAGCAGAACAGGCCACACGUCUCCACGCUCAGACAUCCGUCCUGCUCCAGUAAUCCUAAAAAAGCUGUUCUCUCUUCCUCUCCUGGUUGGAGACAAACUUUAUCCUGCAGUCAGCAGAAAGCAGCAGACUGAAGUGGAUCUCGAACUUUCCCUUUCUCCUAAUGUGGGCUGCACCUGCAGGGAGGCUGCUUCACAUGAACCUGCUGUUCCAGAUGUUGACCUGCAGACUUCCAUGAGGUCAGAACCACAACCACCUGCUGACAGCCAAUCACGUAACACGCUUACUAACUUUGAAAAGAAGUAAACCUGCACAGGUGUGGUCUGUCGCUCCCUCAGGGUUUCUGAAAAUGCCGAGGAUUAAAAAACAACAACAACAACAAAGCAGUGCCAAAAACUCUGAGGCCUGUACACUGUUAAUCAAACAUAUUAUUUCUUACUGCCUCACAGAACUUUUAUGUGGGAAUACUACUUUAUUUUAAUUAAUACUUUAUUUUAAGGAAAAUUACAGUUUCCUUUAAAACACAUUAUUUAACAUAAUUUUGGUUUAGUCUUGCAGCAAAUGAGCUGAACAUGAAAUAAAACAGUCCAGACUUCAGAAUAAUCACUAUCAAUUUCCUAUCGGCUGAAGAAGUUCAAAAUCUUAAUAAAUAAUAAUCAAGUAUGUAGAUGGAAGUAGGUGUAAAGUUAUAAACCUGGCAGUCUAAUCCAUUUGUUAAGCACUGUGAAUAAAUAAAUAAUUGCUGUAUUAAAAAUGUAACGUUGGUGGAUACGAAGUUAACAUCUUGUAAAUAAAAUGCAAUCAGUGUUCAAACUAGCACUGAAUGAAACGUGCAGUCAUCCACAGCUAGCUGACAGCUAGCUGACUAACGGCAUCCAUGUUAGGUCGUUAUCUUUGCUUUGUGCCACCAAAUGAUGAUUGGCCCACAUUAGCAUUUAUGUUACGUACGGAGGAAAUAUGGCAUGCUAGCAAGUAGCAUUCCUUUAGUUUCUAUUCACACAGACAUAAUUUUGUUAGCAAUUAUGUUAGCAAGCAAGCUGAGGCUGAAGAGAAGCUAGCCAUAGCUAAACUGCAUGAAUCUGGUGAUGGUUAGCGUGUAACACUACUAAGUUAAAAGAUUAGCCCAAGGAGCUUGGAUGAAUUAGCCAACCUUAUCUAAAACAGGACUUUUUCCUACGUGAGAUAGUUUGUCCGCAUCAACAGGAACGUUAGUGAUAGCUAAGACUGUUCCGCUUCUCAAACUAACUAAAUGAGAUCUCCAUAAAUCCACUGAACAUCACUUUAUUUAAUUUAGCUUACUUGAUACCCAACAUAGCAGCUAGCAGGCUAACCUUAGCUUGCUCUCCAUCACUGUCUGUGUGAAUGCACAUCAGUUCAUAGUGUUGUCCUCUUGUGGAGUCUGUGCUGUUUGGUGAGGUUUGCGAUCACUGGAUUGCAUUUUAAAGCUAACGUUAGCAGUGUUGCUCACUGUUGUAAGGCCUUUGGGAGCACAAACACUGCAUUCUUUGCAUUCUUCACAUAAACACAGAAACACACACAAUUAAAAUAUUAAAGCUGAAUAAGUGACUGAGUUUGAGCAUUUCAGGCCCUUUGGUCAUGUUUGGACGAGUGUGGACGUGAGUCUGCUCAGACGGUAAACAAAGUUCAGCUGAUUGGUCCCAGAUGUUGACAUGAGUUUGCAGCUGCAGCACGGAGGCUUCCUCUGGGACCAGAGCAGAAACACAACCCUGAAUGUUCACAUGCGAGCUCCCGCUCUCACUGCCGAUGUGGAGGAGCUUUAACUCGUCGGGGUGAACGCCGGCCGGGGCAGAGGUGCUCUGGAGGAGUCUGGAGUCCCACUCUUCAGACCUGGAAGCUACGUCUUAACCCUUGUCUGAUCCUGGCAGUGCUGCUUCACCUGACACGUUUAGGGCUCAUCUGUAGCUGGACACACAUGACCUGUCCAAACAGGCUCUGCACAGUGAGGACGAUGCAGAGCAGCGAGCCAGAGGAGGCUCCACGCCGAGGAGACCCCGACCCGCUCAGACUCAAACCGGCACUCUGAGGGAUGGACGGCUGCUCGCUGACACACUAGCUGUUCUCUGAUUGGCUGAUCCCUGACACCUGCAUCAAGAUGGCUCACCUGUUCCUCGCCAGCAAGAUCACAAUGCCCGAUGACCUCCACGGCAAAGGCGGUGGUGGCAGGGUUCCCCGGAGCGCCAUGAAGGUGCCGCCGUCCAUCUCCGCCGAGAAGCUGAGCCGGGACAAGCCCAGGAGGGAUCGUAGGGUCGUCGUGACGACGCACGUCCCGCACGUUAACGAAGUCCAGCUUACAGCGGCGACGGGUGGCGCCGAGAUGUCCUGCUACCGCUGCACCAUCCCGUUCGGCGUGGUGGUCCUCAUCGCCGGCAUCGUGGUGACGGCUGUGGCCUACACCUUCAACUCCCACGGGUCCACCAUCACGGUGCUGGGACUGGUGCUGCUGUCUGUCGGGCUGGGGCUGCUGGGCGCCAGCGCCAUCUGCUGGAAGGUCCGACAGAAGAAGAAGAAGGACAAGCGACGGGAGAGCCAGACCGCCCUCAUGGCGAGCCACGGGUACUGCGUGGUCUGAGCUCAGACCGCUGAAGCGAAUAACAACACAAACUAACAGGAAGUGAGACGCUUUACAAACUGCAGAGACCUCGCUGUGCUGUUUCCUCCUGCAGCUGACGCGAGGACGACCGCAGAUGUUAAAGUGAGACGAGCAGAGCGAAGGACGCGUCUCGGACAAAAUAAUAAUAAUGAUGGAGACGCCUUCAUCAGCUGGAGCUGUUGGAUGAGGAAAAGCUUGCUUUAGUGCUGACACAAAGAGAUAAAUAACAAAAUAACACGUCAUUAAUUUCACAAAUAUGUUGAUAAUCCAGUAAUUUUGUUCAUUUUUCAAGCAAAAAUUCAGAAUAUUUUCAGGUCCCAGCUCCUCAAAUCUGCCCGAUUUCUCUGAUUUAUCUAUCGUUGAGGUUGUGGAGUACCAACAUGUGAACCUCCAAACACCCACCCUGCACUGGGGGCCCAUCUCGGUGUUAGGAUUAGAGGAGCUCUGAGCCCGGACAGGCGACCCGGUGGGUGUUCAGAGGUCUGGGUAACAAAAUCAAAGCCCCUCAGGUCCUCUUCCUUAUUGUUGGAGCAGGUAAAUGGAUUCGAUCUAAUUAUUGCCAAAACAUCAAUUUUCUCAAAGACACAACUUAGCAGGUUUGUAGUUUCCACACAGGACACGUUAGGAUUACUGCUGAUGCUUUUAUUCUGAAAGUACCUGCAGCUGUUUUAAUAACAUGAACCUUUAAAUGUUCGGCUUCAAAAAAAUAAGAAGAAUUGAUUCAUUAAAAGCCGCCGAUCAGAUGUUUGGAUAAUAUCAGUGUUUAGCUGACAGCUUCGUAAAACUCUCAUUUAUGAUGCACAGUAUGUAACUAAAGCUGCUAAUAAGCUAUAAAAGACAUUUAAAGGUACUCUAACGUAGAAGUUUCUCUGAGUUUGUAUCUCUCAUCGGUCUAAUUUGUGGCCUCCAUCCGUUUCCCCGGGACACACAGAGCAUUCCUCUCGGUGGAGAUUUCAUCCUUGGUUUGAUGUUUGUGGGUGAGACUGGAGAUGUGUUUCCCUCUGAUGUUGGGUUCAGACUACGGGGGGGUCGGAUUAGACGGUUUUGCGUCACAUUGGGUCAUUAGCAUGUCACGAACAUAAACAUAGCUGCUCGCUGUGUUUCACAACCUGAUAAAAGUGUCUGCACAUGAGGACCGUGGCGUGCACGGCAGAGCUCUCAGACCGCCAAGGUCGACUUAUCUGUGUUUCCGUCUGAAUCUGAAAACCCAUUAAAAACCAACGAGGCGACUCAGGGCGGAGUCUUAACGAGAUUAAUGACUGACGUGAGCAGAUCACUAUCCCAAACUCAAACCGGACUCCAUGAUGUUCUCCCUACGAACAGCGUGAAGAAAAACGACCUCCUCGCCAAUUUAUCCCGUAAGAAGUCAGAUUUUGUCGUAAUUAUCCCAGGAAUUCUUCAGUUAUGGCCGUAACAGCGAGUUGGACCUUUAUCGCUAAAUUUAUUAAGCGUUAACAAUUCCCAUCCAAUCCUGCGUUAUCACGUUCAUAAUAAUGAAACACAUGGACUACCUGAAAGAAUCCGCCUCCAGGCCUCACCUGUCCCCGCCUUUAUCGUUUUACAUGAGUGGCGCCUUCUUGGAGGUGAAACUCGGUGGGGUUCCCUCUGUGGAAGUGGAGGAGACGAGAUCCUCAGAGAAAGAGCUCCGCCUGGCUCGUCCGAGUGUUUCCCACUUCAUCCACAGUGUGGAAUCGUUGUGUGUGUCAUAAACCAUCAAAUCUUCAGCGCUUCGCGUCUCUGCGUUGGGGCUGAUGUCGCUCAUAUCGUGGAGUCUGAACCCAACACGGUGUCCUGACUGAGCGACGUGCAGUGCUGAGGUCACAAAUAGACCCGAUUCCUGACAUGCAUGCUACUCUGUGUGUUUAGUGCACUAUGAUGCAGAUGUAUCCACUGUAUUAAAGCUGUUUAGCUCCUAUUUAUUCUGUUGGUGGAUGUGUUCGUGUAAAAUAUUUGUUCUAUUAAAGUCAGCCAAACCACA